AUGGGCAGCUCUCUUGUCGAAAAGAAGAGGAAACGGGCGUCAGACCGACCUGAACGGCCAAGCAAAAAACCUGCCAUCGACUCCAACGCUGCGCCAGCAAAGGUACGAUUCAUGAACAACGAAGCAGGACAUGUCCCGAUCAUAGCUUCUUCACCUGGUCUUACAGUCCCAGAGACACUUCCGCUCAACACGUACAUGAGACGGCGGCAACAGCGCAUCAAACAUAUUGAAAAUACAAAUUUGUCCUCGACAGAGCUGCUCCUGCAUACAUCCGGACAUCCCAAGCUCAAUUUUACCGGUAGAGAAGGCGAGAAUGAGCUGGACAAUCUGUUAAACCACUAUGUUGCGGUCUACGACCCAAAGGAAAACACCGUUCAGCUUCUGGAAGCAAGGAAGAUGAUGGUGCGAGGGUGCCCGAGGGCAGCUAUUGUGGAUGUCGAGGAAGACACAGAUGAAGAAUCUGCGCCAACUGCCCUCUCCCAACGAGCCGCACUGGCUGCGGCAUUUGGAACUAAACUUGCUCGUAAAGCAGUUGCCGCCAUUACAGAGAAUGCUCUGACCUCCAACGCCUCUGCCUCGUCUGCGAAAGCAGCGGAAUCCGCCCUCCUUUCAUCCAUGCCUCAAGAUGCAAUGACUAUCGCAGCAGCAGAGAAAUCCGCCCAAGAAGAGAUCCAAGCGUCCAAACCACUCCCUCAGCCGAACUUGUCUGCAACCCAGCCCGCAGACGUGUAUAGUAUCGAGAGCCUGGUUCCAAACGGUCUACCGACAUUGCGCAAAAUACCAGUUCAAGACUGGCAGGCUGCCGUGGCUGCUUCCGAGGGUAUAACGACCACUUCCCGCUUCGUGGCUAAUCGGGUCGAAGCAGCCGUUCAAUCGGGCGAUAAGACGAUCGUGCAGCUCCUCCGCUUCAUACUGAUUUUAAUCGAGUUCUCGCGUUCUCUCAAGCGGUCUUCUGGCGGUGGCCGCGGGCCCGAUAGCAAGAAACUUCCGCCCCGCGAAGACCUGCGUCGCCUCCUUUCCAAGGCCGUUGAUUCCGAAACCAGCACUACUCCUACGAUAACGGAUCCGUUCCUGGACUCUAUACGUCGCAAGUUCGUUCCGCAGGGCUCAUUCCUCUCCCGUAAUGAUAUUACGUUGUUGCAUACUACUAUAUGUGCAAUGUCACUACACAUCCCACCUGCAUCAGGCAAGACGGGAGGAGGCAGUGCGAGCGAGCUGGCUACUGAUCCGUCAGACCUGCGUGAUGACUUACGGCUGGAGAAUGAUACAAUUCUGAAGUAUUUCAGGGAGUUGGGCUGUAGGGUUGAUAAGCCUAGGGAGACGGAGUUUGCUAAAUGGAGCAUCAAGGGGGGUAAAGCAGAGGCUGCUUCGAAGAGAAUUGCCAGGCUAAAAAUUCCUGUUGAGUUCCCCAAGGUGAGCAGGGGGAGAAUGUCAAGGAAGUAG